AUGGCAGAAACAACUGCACACAUCAAAGAUGAUGAAAGUACUGUCACAGAGGACACUCCCGUUACAGAAGGAGUAGGGUAUUGGCUCAAACAACGCGAAGAAUGGACAAGAGGCCACAGCAGUACUCUAGUAGAGUCACCAAAUAGUAACAACCCUGCGCUGCGAGAAAUUGUUCCCGAUAACUAUUUAAAAAUCUACACACACCUCGUUCGCAAUAGGAGGAAAUUGUCAAAACCCAUCCCAUUAUCUUUUGCGAUCAAAAUACUGGUGGCAGGCUGGAAAGCCGAUGGUACUUGGCCAACUGAAGAAAGUGUCAGCCAAUCUUCAAUACAAGAGAGCACGAGAAAUUGA